AUGGCUGCCGAACAGGUGAAAUUAGUGAUUGGUAAGUCGAAAUUCGAUUUUUGAUAACUUUCCAAUCAGUUUUUGACGAUUUUAAGUUUAAAAAAAAUGAGUUCCGUGCCCAAAAUUAGGCGGGGACGUCACUAACGUGAUCGCUAGUAAUCUGAAAGUCCCGGGUUCGAACCCACCUGGCUCAAAACUCCUUUGCAACGUUUCUCCGGGAUUUUGAAUCUAAUUUUGAGAUUUCCAGAUUCCGAUGGAGUGAGUGAUGACGUCAGAGCCAUCUCCCUGGCUCUCCAACAUCCGAAAGCUCAAGUGCUCGCUUUCACGGCCGUGCACGGAUGCGUUACGGUCGAUCAAGCGUGUGCCAACAUCAAAAGAACUAUUCGAGCGAAUGAGGGCAUUUUUAAGGUACAAAAAAGGGUUUCGAAGGUUUCGUUUUGAAACAUACUUUGGCAGCAUUCGAUCCCAGUGUAUAAGGGUGCUUCCAAGUCGAUAUUGUCGCUUCCCAAGGACGAUACGGUCUCGGAUUUCUUCGGAAUCGACGGUAUCGGGGACCGGCCGGACGAGUUCCCGAAAGUAGAUCAAUCGGAUUUCGAAGGAGAGGGAAAGCACGCCGCGCUGGCUCUCAUUGAUAUUUUCAGAGAAAAUCGCGAUGCUACACUUGUGUAAGUCAUAAAAAGUGCUGGUAAACCCCUGUCGAAACUUUGCGAAAGAUAUUUGAGAUAGGGUGGGUUCGAAUCCUGGCCUUAAGAUUAUCAGCUGAACCGACUUUGCUGGGAAAUGUCGCGGAGCCCUGAUAAUGUACUAUCCUACGAGUAUUAUGCGUGAUCCGUAAAGCGAGUUCCAUGGAAAGACAAUUGAAUUGAAAGACUUUCGCUUUCCUAGACUUUUGAAUGAAAGAGACUUUUGAACGGAACAAUAAUUGUGUAGAACUUUAAAAAACAGCAGAGAAUGAUCCGGCUCUACCAUGUUCGGUCCUCGAUUUUAGACCAGUUCCCUUCUCAAAUCUUUUUUUCAGCACAAUCGGACCCCUGACCAAUGUUGCGAUUGCUCUUCAACUCUGCGAAGAGUUUGCCACGUUCCCCGCCCGUCUCGUGGUGAUGGGCGGCAACUAUUAUGCGGUCGGAAAUGUGGACGGCGGUUCUUCGGCCGAGUACAACUUCCACGGCGAUCCGGAGGCGGCGAGCAUUGUGCUUCGCCGCAUGAAGUGCCCGAUCAUCAUCGUUCCGUGGGAGGCGUUUUAUUUCGAAUCGAAAGUUCAUGACGAGUCCGUCGACUUUUCCGCCCAUCUUCGCUACGAGACCCCGCUGGCCAAGUACCUCUCAUUGGCCACUAGUAUCGGUGAGUUUGGCAAAAACACACUUUUUGUGUGUUUUGCCGAAAAGUGUCGAAAAGACUAGCUGAAUUUCAGGCCGCGUCAAAUGCGAAGCGAACGGCCGGCAGUAUUCGUAUUGCGAUGAAAUCGCCGUGGCCACGGCCAUUGAUGAGGAGAAAAUUGCGAGAAAAUCACAAUAUCUGUACGUGGACGUGGAAUUGAACGGCACAAAGACACGUGGACAAGUGGUCGUGGACUGGACCGAACAAUUGUGGUCAAACGAGGAGGCGCCCAAGGUAUGGCCCAAUUUUUAGGCCUAUAAUUUUUUCUGGGAGUUUUUAUCGAUUUUUCCAUUGUUCUUUAGAACAAUUCCGGUGUUUUGAGCGGCGGUUUUAGGGGUCUCUGGAAUUUAUCAACAAAAAAAAAAAGUUGCAGAAUUCGCAUCGCCGCGUCAAAUUCGUCACCUCGUACGACGUGCACACUGUCGACAAAUGGCUACAUGCUGCCACGUCUGGAAGCGGAAAUUUUGAGUAA